GUUAUGGGAGGCCCAAAACUCGCUCUAAUUGAUGUCUGACGUGGUAACUUGUGUUUCAAAGAUAUUGUAAGAUUCUGAUCAGUCAUGCACACACACACACACACACACACACACACAGGGCUAAAGUGGUAUCCUUCAGACACAUUAGACAGAGGGAGGGUGGGGCACCAGUAAAGAUUUCUUAAUGGGCUCUGCUUUCCUCUCGUCCAUCUGCCCUGAUGAUAAACACACAGCAACUCCACAUUAGCCUGAUGCGCAACAAAGCCUCCACUGUUUUCUUUUUCUUUAUUUUCCAAAAAAAAGCCAUCCAUUCUGACACUUUCCAAAAGGUGCUGAGACAAACAGAGCAAGGACUAACGCAUGGACAAUAUCAUCAUCUUCAUCAUCAUCAGUUUUUUUAUCAGUGUGGAUGGGAAUGAUGGGAGCGCAUGAGUGAGAUUCUGUGACCUUUUCCUUGUCAUAACAGGAUUUCUGUAAGCGUGGAGGAAAUCUUUUGGAUGUCUGGUCAGUGUCAGAGCGCAUGGGGCGCACACUCUAUGGGACUGUUGGUGAAUGAGUGACUCUAUCCAGCCAUCACAGCCUGCAUAGAAACCUCAAAAACACUUACAGUCCCAGAGGAGGAUGCCUUCCCUGCACCACGGAGCUAUCUUCAUCGGCGCCUUCCUCAUUGUGACCGGUGGAUCCACAGCCUUCCUGGCCUCAUCCCAGAGCCGCCUGCAGGCUUUCUCCCUAUGCUGUGUGGUGCUCGGGGUGGUCAUGCUCAUCCUGGGACUAUUCUGGGCAAUGAACAGCAAAAGUGCAGUAAACUACAACCAGCAGGAGUUCGACCCAGAUUGCCCACAUUAUCCAUAUGACUACCCCAACUUUGGCAGCCAUGCCAUUUUUACGCCCCCUGGGAGCCGCUUCCCCGAGUCCCAGUCAGUGUUUCUGCCCAGGACAAUGGAACGCCACAGGUAUGGCGCUCGGGGUGAGGAAUUCGACUACCCUCCCAUGGACUCUGGUGGUUUCAGUCCGACACCUCACCCUCCACCUUGGCUGGGACCCCCGCCUCCCUAUGAGGUCGCCAUCAAGACCACAUGCAGCACAACACAACUGCGGCGCGCGUACUCGGACACGCACCUGGCGUCAGAGCCCCUGUUUGGACAGUCAAGAGAAAUCAGCUUUGAGGUGUGAUGCUGGAUGACGUGGACCUCUCGGUUCACCAGACCAAAACAUAAGUAAACAUGAACUCAGACUCUACAGAAGAGUUCUUUAGACAACAACAAACUUUAUCAAACUCAGCAUGCCUCUUUCUUGGGUCGUCGCAUGAUUUCUGUAACAACAAUGCAACUCUUUGCAAAUACAUAUGGGAAAAAUAAAGAUGGAUCACAUCACAAAUGUUGUUUGUAUGAAGUGACCACUAUGAACCACUACAUGUCAUGGGAACCAGUAUAAAGGGACUCUUGUUGAGAUCCAGCUGAAAACCAAGACAGGAAGUUUAGGGAAUAGUUUGCCUCCAUGGGAAAAAGCCUUUUUUUUCUUACACUUUCUCUGCCUGGAGAUAUUUAGCUUAGUUUUCACAGUAAUGGCUGAAAACAGGGGAAGAAGCCACUGUCUGAUGAAGACAACGUUUACAUCAACACCUCUAAAGCUCAAUAAAUAAUACAUUUAAAGUCAAUGUGAAAACAAAUGAUGGUUUUAUUGGUGUUACUUGCUUUUGGCCUGUUGUAGACUGCAAGCCUUAAAGGAAUAGUUCACGUGUUUUUAAGUGUGGUUGUAUGAGGUAUUGACAGUAGAGGAACAUGAGACAUUUACAAACUUACAUUUCCAGCUAGAAAAGGCUGAUUAGCAGUAAGAUAAAACUGUUAAGUAAGUUUUGUUAGUGGCCAAAAUCAGUGCUUGAAGUGGGCAGGUACUGCUCGAUACACAGUUAUAUCACUUCUUGAUUUACAAUUUUGAGUUUAAAUUUGUACCGGCAUAUAAUGAGAAGUUUAUGUUAUCUUAACAAUUUAUUAUUGUGGCCCAUAAUAAUAAUAAUUUCCAAAGGUGCACUGUAAGUCUACUGUUUGAUUCUAGUGUCUGGAGUUCCUAGAGUUUUUUUUUAUUAUUAUUCUUGUUAACAACAACAAUAUCUACAAGAAGAGAUAAUAAUAAUAAUUACAAAAAUAACUAUUAUUGUAUUAUUAUUAUGCGCUGGUGCAACAAUGAAGAUCCUCACAACGACAGAUUAAUUUAGAAUAUAAUAGUAGACCAUAAAUGACAUAAUGCAUACAACGAAAGACAAGAACAUAAAAGAAACAAAUGAUAUAAAUGUCACCCAGAUUUUACAUAAUUAUCAUACUGUAUAUGCGAAAUACCUGUUAACCCUCACUCUCUUCCAUGUUGUGCACAUUUUUAUUUUGACAUGUUUUGGAUGAAUCUAAUGAAAACUUGUCAUGGCUGUCGGGGGUCAAAUUUUGAGUAUUAUGUUUAUUUGCCAAUAAAUAUGAGUCCUAAUUGCAGAUA